AUGGCGACGACCAACGGCUUCGCCGCACAAGGCUUGGCUGUUCUCAAUGCGCAUCGUCGAAUUUUACCUGGACCACAGCUAUUGCACGAGCUAAUAGCUCAAAACAACGGUGAAGAUCCUGCUAUCGAAUUUCUACUGGCCAAGGACGUCCUCUGCAGGCUAUCGUACCGCGAUUUCCGGACCUUAAGUCGACAACUCACCCAACAGAUCCUCGAGGUGCUUGGACCUGACAGCGGCCCAUCGGUGGUACCAGUUGUAAUACCACAGUCUCCGGAACUUUACUUGGCAUGGAGAGGUGUUCUGCAAGCAGGCCACUGUAUCUGUCCGGUCAGUGCAGAUGUGCCUCCUGAACGACUGAAGUUCAUUUUGACCGACGUUGGAGCUCAACUCAUCAUACACGACGCCUCUAGCUCACAGCUCGUGGAUUGCGUCAAAGGAGGAGUCAAGAGCCUUGCCAUAUCGCUGGAGUCGCUUCGAACUGGUCACAGCUCCCAGGAAAGGGACAGUUCAGACGGCGUCCCUAACCGAGUGAUCGAGCCUGGAAGUCCAGCGUACAUCAUGUACACCUCUGGCUCAACUGGACUGCCGAAAGGCGUCCCCGUAUCGCACAUGUCGGCGACACAGUCCAUCCUCGCCCACGAUGAGCAUAUCCCGACUUUCAAGCGAUUCCUUCAGUUCGCCUCACCCACAUUUGAUGUGUCGAUCUUUGAGAUCUUCUUUCCAUUCUUCCGAGGUGCAACUUUAGUUAGCAGAGUACGAGAAACAAUGCUUGGAGAUCUGCCUGGUACUAUCAAUGUGCUCAAAGCUGAUGCUGCUGAGCUCACGCCGACGGUGGCUAGCACGCUUUUAAGAACUCGAAGCGCGACACCUAAGCUGAAGAUGCUCCUGACUAUUGGCGAAAUGCUGAACACACAAGUCAUCCAAGAGUUCGGCGGAGACAAGAACAAGGCAAGCAUACUUUAUGCUAUGUAUGGGCCAACUGAGGCUGCCAUCCACUGUACAAUCGCCCCACGCUUGUCGUCUGCAGCUUCGGUGAGACAAAUUGGACAACCGCUUUCCACAGUCUCAGCAUUUGUGCUGAAAAAAGAUUCGGGCGCAAACACGUUCCACAUUGCUAGGCGGGAUGAGGAGGGCGAGCUUGCCAUCGCAGGCCAGCUCGCUGAUGGGUACCUUAAUCGCGACGAGCAGACAAGAGAGGCUUUCAUAGACCUUCCUGGCCACGGCAGGGUCUACAGAACAGGCGAUCAAGCUGUAUGCCGGAGCCAAGACGAGCUCGAGAUCCUCGGGCGCAUCGCAGGUGGUCAGGUAAAGCUUCGCGGUCAGCGCGUUGAACUCGGCGAGAUUGAAGAAGUCGCGUCAAGGGCGAGCGGUGUGGCACAGGCCAUUGCAAGCGUCGUUGAAGAAUCACUGAUCUUGUCUUGUUAUGCAGAGCAAGAUAUCAAAGCUGAUUCGAUCUCGGACAUCUGCAAAGCAUGGCUGCCUCCGUUCAUGCGCCCGACGGAAAUAGUCCUUCAUCAUUCGCCUCUGCCAACGCUUCCCUCAGGCAAAGUCGACCGUAAGGGCAUUGCGGAUGGUCUGCUUCGCCGAAGCCCUGAACACAACACUGGAGAUAUGACAUUCGAAUCAGAGACAGAAGCUACCAUUGCACAGGUUGUCAGCAGAUACUUGCGGAGAAACGUUGGUCGAGACGAUGAUCUCUGGCGCUGCGGACUGGACUCGCUUCGAGCAAUCCGGAUAGCGUCGGAGCUGCGUGGCCGCUUCCCGCCGAUCGGUGUUGCUAUUGUCCUGCGCUGUGCGAGUGUGAAGGAGAUCGCAGAUGUGCUCUGUUCAGGGAGCACAGACACGCAAAAUGGCUAUCACGACAGACUGAUCGAAGACAGUGACGCCUGGAAAGGCAUUCAGCAAGGUGCCCUCGAGGAUCUCAGCCAGGAAGACAGCCGCGGCGUAGAGUUCGUGUCUCCAUGUACCCCGAUGCAACUGGGAAUGCUUGCAGAAACAGUAUUGAAGCCGGACCUGAAUUUCAAUCGCAUUCAGCUCCAGCUGCGUGCGGGUACAGAUUUCCGGCAAUUGCAACAUGCCUUUCAAAAGUUGGCCCAAGCCAGGAGCAUAUUGCGCUCUGGCUUCCUAUCCACUCAUGACGAACGCAUGCCUUUCGUCCAGGUCAGAUGGACUACGCUCGAGGCCCAUGAGCUCAAUCUUGCACGUCCAUUCCAGAUUCUUCCCGACACUGCUGGCAACAAGUCCGGUGCAAAUGUCCUCAUACAUCACGCGCUUUAUGACGGAUGGUCGUGGGACCUCCUAAUAAAUGAUCUGAACCGAUUGCUAAACCAUGAGCAGCUGCGCACUCGUACGCCUUUCGAGGCUGUCAGCCGGUCCCUAAGACAUCGUCUGCCAAAGGCACUGGGAAAUGCGAGCCUCGAGUACUGGAGGGAUCUGUUGACAGACACGUCAACAGCUCCAUUUCCGUCGCUGGUCGCAUCCACACCUUCUUCGCCAGCACAUCAUACUAUACAGCGCAGCCUAGAUGUCAAGGCGAAUGACUUGAGGAAGCUGUCUACGGAUCUGCGCAUUACUCGACAAGCGAUUCUACAAGCAUCCUGGGCCAUUCUCUUAUCGUGCUACGCCGAUAGCGAAGACAUUGUCUUCGGGACGGUCAUAUCUGGUCGACACGCGGGCAUCCCAGGCAUCGAGGAGACGAUCGGUCCAUGUUUGGCCACAAUCCCGACAAGACUCGACUUGAGUAAGGUUGCGACGGUGACAGAUCUGCUCAAUUACGUCCAGCGGCAGAAUCUUGAAAGCCUUGAUUGUUAUGAUACGCCGCUUCGUGAUAUUCAAAAACAGUCUGGGUUAGACCCAGCUCAGAGACUUUUCGAUACUCUGGUCGUCUGGCAGGAACAGGCAGACGUCGAGCCGCGCGCCAACCAGCUGGUCUGGACAAGCGACGGAGAAGAUUGCCUGGACUAUGCUGUAGUCCUGGAGGUCGAAGUACUUGACGAGGCUUGUAAUCUGAAGCUGACCUACGACAACGGGCUCGUCCCACAGGAACAAGCUGUCGUGCUGACAGAACAACUUAAUGCAAUUAUGAGCCGUAUGCUGAGCCAGCCGAGUUGUCUGCUUCAAGAUCUCUGGUCCGUACACGCCGAUCAAGUGUUGUCACUGGUCAAUCCGACUUUCCAAGCUUAUACAGGAGGCGUUGACCUGGUCCAGCCACUGGAAACGAUGGCAAAUGACUAUCCAGAGCGGGUUGCCCUCAGAUUCGUUUCCGACUUUGACCCAAUGAGCCGGAGGCUGACAGCUACGGAAGUGACGUACUCAGAUCUUGUGCAGAAAGCAUCGAACGUGGCCACGCAACUCGUCCGAUCUUGCUCGAUUGCAGAAGACGAUCUGGUUUGCAUCAUCGCCCACAAAUCCAUAGAGCUCUAUGUUGCAAUUCUGGCCGCUGUCUGUGCUGGCGCAGGCUAUAUGUGUGUCAAUCCCGAGACUCCACGAACGCGUAUGCAGCAGAUCCUCGAUCAGGCCAAGCCUGCUGUCGUGUUGACUGGCCAACACAUUUCAGUGGAAGGACUAGAUUGCAGGCAACUAGAGAUCAUGACGCUGGUCAAGCAGCAUCCCAAGGGUCAUCCAGAAGCAGAAGUCCGCCCACACGGCGAUGCUCUUGCAUACGCCGUGUUCACUUCCGGCACUACGGGGGUUCCAAAAGGCAUUCUUAUGACGAGAAGAAAUCUAAUGAGCCACAUCAACCAUCUCCGGUCAGUCUACCCUCAUGAGUCUCACACGGACUCUUUACUACAGGCAUGUUCUCCAGCUUUCGAUGUUUCGGUGUUCGAGAUAUUCUGGACCUGGCAUAUGGGUAUGACUUUAGUUGCCGCCUCCAACGACGUGCUCUUCCGGGAUCUACAGCGCUUCAUCGACGCGGCGGGAGUCACGCACCUGAGCAUGACACCUACCGUGGCCGCCCUCGUUGACUCGGAUAAAGUGCCCAAGCUGAAAAUGCUGGUCACUGCUGGUGAGCCGAUGAACUCGAAAGUGUUCAGUCAAUGGGCUGGGCGUGGGCUCUACCAAGGCUACGGCCCGAGUGAGACGACGAAUAUCUGCAACGUUCGACCUGAAGUUGCGCAGGGUGACGCUCCAAAUAAUGUCGGUGUCGCGUUCAGCAACACAUCCAUGUUCGUCUGCCGCCGGCUCGCGCACGACAGAGCCUCGACUGAUGUACCGCUCAUCCUAAGCGACUUCAAACCUGUUCCCCGGGGUGCAACAGGCGAGAUUUGGAUCGGUGGAGAUCAAGUCGGAAGAGGUUAUAUCGAUCCAGUGCUGACCGCUCAUUCAUUCUUGAUGCAUCCGGAUUAUGGCUGGCUGUAUCGUUCUGGCGACAUCGGCCGUGUGCUAGCCGACGACACAUUCGUGAUCCUUGGGCGCGAAGACGACCAAGCCAAAUUGAGAGGGCAACGUAUUGAGCUCGGGGAAAUCAACACGACCCUCUUGCAGGUCGAAGGUGUGGUCGAUGCCCUGACCAUAAUCCAUAAAGCACAGGACGGCGAGAGGCUUGUGACAUUCGUUGCACAUAACGACAGAAAUGGUUUCAAGAAGAGCCACUCUGCUGCUCGGCACCUCUUUGACGUUCUCAGCGAUCGCCUACCUGCCUACAUGAUUCCAGACAUUAUCAUGCCGAUGCGAGCGUUGCUUUUGACGGCGCAAGGCAAAGUUGAUAAGAAGAGAAUGGUCAGUGGAUUCGAAGGUCUCAGCAAGAGCGAACAAGAUCAACAUCGUCGAGAUUCAUCCGGCACUACGGACACCGAGCCCCUGACCUCCCAAGAUCGCAGCAUAGCGCAUGCUCUGGCAGUCACACUCAAAAUUUCACCAGAGUCAAUCCGUCGAGAAACAUCAUUCUAUUCUCUUGGUCUGGAUUCUCUGAGCGUGAUCAGGUUUGGGAAGAACCUGAGAGCAGAGGGGCUGCCCAUGCUGGACGUGUCGACGAUAUUGAAGAACUCAUCAAUCAAAAAGCUCUCGAGGGUAACGUCGCAGACGCAUCACAAGCAGAGCUCCUCCGGGCAUGUCGGCUGGAAGCAUCUUGCACAAGUCGAGUCGGUCAAGCAGCUGCGUGAACAGCUUUCCGACAACGGUUGUACGAUUGAGAAAGUGCUGCCGUGUACAAGCUUGCAAGUUUCGAUGUUGUCGGCGUCCAGUAAUGGGACCAAUACGUCGUACCGCAAUCGUCUUACAUUCAAGAUCAAAGGUGACCUCGCGAAAGUCAAAAGUGCAUGGCUACACGUAAUGCAGCGACAGCAAUUGUUACGCACUGUCUUUGUCGAACAGGACGACCCAGGAAUGCCUUAUCUGCAGGUUGUGCUGAAAGAUGUGCCGCUGCAGUUGAUGGACCAGGAGCAGGACAGGAAUGUCCCUCUAUCUCCCACGGAGACCUGGUCUCACAUGCAAGUCGGGCGGUUGAACGAGGCUAAUAUCAUGACACUGGACGUUCACCACGCUCUAUAUGAUGCCGAAGGCAUGAAGGUGCUGUUACGGGAGGUCGAAGCUUGCUACAACUCGCAAGAACUAGAACCUGUAGUACACUUCGACCUGUACUUACAGCACGUGGAGAGCGUCGACACAUCAGCAGCUGCCGCGUUCUGGCGGCCGCGACUGAAUGGUAUCCAACCGACACGACUGGCGGAUUUAUUGAUGCCCUCAGCUCGCGCUGCUGCGCGGAACGGAGGUUUCGCUGGAAGACAGUCGAGCGUGCGACUAGCAGAACUGAAAGAACAAACGCGAAAGCAAUCUGUAACGAUCUUGGCGUAUCUCCAAGCAGCGGUCGCUCAGAUGCUCAAACAGUACUCACAGACAGAUGAUGUGACUUUCGGGAAUGUUCACAGCGGAAGGAGCAUUCCAGUCGAUGGUGUUGACCGCAUUGCCGGGCCAUGCUUCAACACUCUGCCAAUACACGCCCGUGACCUGCGUAACAGCACCAACGGUGCCCUGCUGCGAAUGCUGCAUCAAGAGAACGUGGAGAUGAUGCAAUUCCAGACCACAAGUCUUCGUGCACUUCAACGAGAGUAUAGCUCAGAUGGCAGACCAUUGUUCGAUUUCCUUCUUCUGUUCCAGCAAAGUCAGCUGGAGCUAGAUGACCGCAUCUGGGAGCUGUCGGAGGAGCAAGGCGACAUGGACUUCCCGUUCAUCCUUGAAGUUGUUACUCCAGAGACUUCGGGUACGUUGUGCCUGUCUCUGCAUUCCACCGUGGUGGGUGACGCAGUACUUGUAGAAAUGCUGUCAACACUCGACGGGUUGUUGACCCACUGUGUCCGCUAUCCCGAAGCAUUAAUACAAAGCAACUCAGAAGCGCGAUGGUUCAUUCGUCGACGUGACGAGAUCAGUGAAAAACGUGGUGCGAUACCGUCUACAUCGGCAGCAAACAGCCAUCCGACGCUGUCUGAUAUUCAGCAACAAGUCGGCGAGCUCAUGCUGACACUCGCGCGGAAUCCAGCGCAGGAUGUCCAAGAGCUCAGUCCCGCAACGACUAUCUUCAAGCUCGGUCUUGACAGCAUCAGUGCAGUCCAGUUGGCAUCGAAGCUGCGCUCAGCGGGUUACGGCAUUACCUCGAGCGACAUAUUGGAAUUUCCAAGUCUCGGUGAGAUUGCUUCCUUCUGCAUAAACACUCCAUCGAGAGGGGCCAGUGAAAGCGAAGUUGAGCAGAUAAGCCUAGCAGACUUCUCCGAAAAACACACGGCGAUGGUCUCUGAUCGAUGCAAGGACCAAACCUCCAAGAUAAGUGCUGUCCGGCCGUGUACGCCGUUGCAGUGUGGCAUGUUGUCACAGUACAUUCAGUCGUCUGGCAGAUUGUACUACAACACAAUGAAGUUCAGAAUGGACAGUGAUGUAAGUCUCUCGGAUAUGCGAUCGGCUUGGGAAGCCGCUACGAAUGAGCACGAGGUGCUCCGUUCUGGCUUCGUUGAAUGUGACGACCCCAUCUGCGGCUAUCUAAUGGUGACCUACGAGCAUUUCCAGCCGCAAAUUGUGGUAAAAGCGAACGACGACGCGAACGCCAAUAUGGUCGACUCACAAGGAGACCUUUCAAUGCCUCCUUGGCGUGUCAGCCUUGACGAGGACUCACGCACAGUCGAAUUGAGCAUGCUUCAUGCGCUGUACGAUGCCAAGUCUCUCGAUCACAUCCUGACAAGCGUGGUUCGCGCAUACUUGGGUCGUUCAAGCGAGCCGGUUGUGGCCGUAGGAUCAAUUGAUGCCGUCUUGCCCCUUUUCCUCGAGAGCAGUAAGUCUCCGGCAGCGGCGGCAUUCUGGAAACGAUCAGAAAAUGCAAUCGAGCCUACGAAAUUUCCCGAUCUUAACAUCCACAAGCAGCUUGAUAACCACUUCGAAGUUAUAGAAGAUCGCCUUCCCAAGAGCCUGACAGAUGUCAAUGAGGCAUGUGCCGGACUGGAAUGUACGCUACAGGUAGUGUGCCAGGCCGCAUGGUCCCGACUGCUUUCUGAAUACACUGGCCAGGAUCGAGUCACGUUCGGCCUGUUGCUGUCAGGUCGCGACUUUGGAGACGAACGUGACGAUAUCGUCUUCCCAUGCAUCAACACACUACCCUGUACCGUGGAAAAGAGCCCCGACAGGCAACAAAUGAUUCGGAAUCUAGCUAGCACUACCUCUGGCCUCCUCAGGAAUCAGCGGACCCCGCUGUCAUCAAUCAAGAGAUGGCAGGAUGUCGAUGGCGAAGCAUUCGAUGCUUUACUCGUUGUACAAAAAUACGAGUCGCAACAACCUAGUAACGUGCCGUGGCAGGUCAUUGAGGAACAAGCCAAUGCCGAAUAUAGCGUGUCUAUCGAAAUCAUUCCGGACGAGUCAUUGAAUGUUCUAUCUCUUCGUUUGACUGCUGCGCAACGAGUAUUGCCUGAGGAAGCAUCAAGUACUCUACUAAAGGAAUUUGAGCAGGAGUUGCUCAGUGUACUCGGACUUGCAGCUGGCCAUGAAGAGCAUCACGCAGUCCUACAAGCCAAGGAAGAUCUACUAAAGACAAACAUUACUUUCCUGCAUCAAUUUGUCGAAGAGAGCGCGCGGAAGCACCCGGACUCGCCAGCGUUGGAAUUUGUGACCGCCUUUGACGAGACCAGUCCGAUCAAAAACACGUGGAGCUAUGCACAUCUAAACAGUGAGGGUAAUCGUGUGGCAAACGCUUUGCUCAAAAAUGGUGCUGCGACGGGCGAUCUGGUGGCCACGUGCUUCGACAAGUGCCCAGAAGCGUCAUUUGCCAUUCUAGGUGUUUUGAAGGCUGGUUGCGCCUACGUUGCCAUUGAUCCAAGCGCACCUGCAGAUCGAAAGCACUUCAUACUCGAGGAUUCCGGUUGCAAAAUUGUGCUGACUACUGCCAAUCUUGCUCCUGAUUUUGAGAAGGCAGGAGUGUCGUGCAUUUUAGCCGACGAUGCAGCUAUGCUGCAGAUGAUGUCUAGCCAGAGCCCUAUACUUACACGCCCGCUCCAUUCGCAGGACACCUGCUACUGUCUGUACACUUCUGGCACAACCGGAACACCAAAGGGCUGCCUUAUCAGCCACCAAAGCGCGGUCCAGGCAAUGCUCUCCUUUCAACGCAUCUUCAAAGGCCAUUGGACUGCUGAAUCUCGCUGGCUGCAAUUCGCUUCCUUCCACUUCGAUGUCAGCGUUCUUGAGCAGUACUGGAGCUGGAGUGUUGGCAUCAUUAUGGUCACAGCGCCUCGCGACCUGAUUCUUGAAGAUCUACCUGGUUUCCUUCGGCGGGCUGAGAUCACGCAUCUGGAUCUCACGCCCAGCUUAGCCCGGCUCAUCUCUCCAGAAGAGCAAGAUAUUAUUGACACAUGGGGCGAUGCCGGUUGCUUGUACAACUUCUACGGACCAAGCGAGGUCACAAUUGGAUGCACUGUGCAUCCACGCGUCAAGAAGGGGACCAAGCCGACCAACAUUGGUUGGCUUUGGGACAACGUUGGCGCGCGAGUGCUCAAGCCCGACAGUCAAGACCCAGUGCUACGUGGUGCGGUGGGUGAACUAUGUCUGACAGGCGUCCUCGUGGGCAAAGGCUACCUCAACAGACCAGAUCUGACGCGGUCAAAGUUUGCGAUUCUGCGUGAUGGAACACGCGCAUACCGAACGGGCGAUCUGGUCCGACUGCUGCAUGAUGAUAGCUUCGAGUUUCUGGGUCGGAUCGAUGACCAGGUCAAGUUGCGUGGUCAGAGACUGGAGAUCGGCGAAAUCAACCAAGUUGUCAAGGCUAGCUCGCUGAGAAUCCAAGAAGUUGCGACCAUGGUAUUGAAGCAUCCGAAGCAAGCCAAGGAGCAACUGAUUACGUUCUUCUCCACCAAUCGCCCCAAGAGAGGAACUAGUGCCACCGUAAUCGCGGACGAUGGUGCAGCAGCACUUGCAACGACGAUCCGAAAGCACUGCUCAAGCAAAUUGCCGGCAUAUAUGGUACCUUCUAGUCUGCUGCGGGUUUCGAAUAUUCCGCUGUCAGCGAACAACAAAAUCGAGAUGAAGAUGCUGAAAGCACUGUACGAGAGCCUGGACGAUGGUACAAUGCAACAGCAGAGCAUGGCUCAGGCGCAGUUAUCUGGAAGUGAUCACGCGACGUUCCAAAUCGUUGCUGUUGUCAUCGAGCGACGUCUACGUCUCGAACCCAGCUCUGUCAAGCCGUCAUCGCGACUCUUCGAGCUUGGUCUUGAUUCAAUCUCAGCCAUUGGCCUCUCACGAGCUCUCAAAGAUGAAGGCUUCGAGCACUGCAGUAUUCAAGCUGUUAUGCGCAGUUCUCUGGUCGCCGACCUCGUGCAUGUGCUCAACGUUGGCGGCGAAUCAGACGCGGAAAAGACGAGGCUGACCGAGGCCAAGAACGCCAUCGCCCGGUUUGCCAGAACGCACCGCCAGACUGUUAUUGAUAGCCUUCACGUUGACGCGGUAGCGAUUGAGGACAUCAGUCCUUGCACGCCGCUCCAGGAAGGAAUGAUAUCUAGGGUUGUCAACAGUAGCAGCAGAGAUACCACCUACUUCAACGAAUGUGUAAUGAAUUUACAGCACAACGUGUCAGUCGAGCGACUUGAAGCCGCGUGGCGGGCAGUCGAGGCGGCUUUCUCGAUACUGAGGACGUAUUUUGUGCCGACUAAGGAUGGGUACGCUCAGGUUGUCCUCAAGCGCGGCUCUAAGCCGCAAUACUCUCCGACAGGCGCGUUGAGCGAUGAGCGUCUGGGGUGGAUCAGCGGCGCCAAACGCUUCGGACCCUUUCGUCCAUGGACACUCGAGCACAGAGAGCAAGAUCGCCGCCGGAGCAUGGCCUUCGAAAUCUUUCACGGCCUUUAUGAUGGCAUCUCCUUAGAUCUCCUAUUAGAACAGGUUGUCAGGAUCUAUGAGACCCAGUCUGCCACAAAGUGUCAGAAGUCCAAGUUCUACGAGCUUCUGCCUUAUGGUCCGCUCAGCAUAUCGACGAGCAGCGAAUCAUUCUGGAGACAGACUCUACAAAGCACGUCCAUGCUCGGGUUGUCCGAGCUGGAUGCUGAGGAUCGUCAGAGCACGACCGUGACCUUCUCAUCAAAUGCUCGGCUCGGUGACAUCGGGACUCUCUGCAAGACUCUGGACGUGACCUCUCCAGCAGUCUUUCAUGCUGCGUGGCUUCUUUGUCUACAAGCGCGGUACGCGACCAACCCGACCAUAGGUGUGGUGGUCUCUGGUCGGUCAAUUGCACAUGCGGAUGCUGAGACGGCCAUUGGCCCGAUGUUCAACACAAUACCCAGCAGCGUUGAAGUAUCGGCGACCGCAGCUACGACCAAUGAUCUCAUCAAGGCAUGUCAUAAGUUCAACAUGGACGUGCUUCCAUAUCAACAUACAUCUCUCCGACAGAUUGCAAAGUGGAUGGGCUUAAACACUAAAGGCAUCUUUGAUAGCUUGUUCGUUUUCUUGCGAGAGCGUGACGAGGCGUAUCAGACGAUUUGUGGGAAUUGGUACCAUCCGCCGCUCAGCCCGACUACCCGAUGA